AUGGUUGUAAAAAUUGAUAAUGUGGAGUAUCCUUUAGUUUUGAGAGAAGAUCCCUUGGGCCCUUUCAGCUUGGUCACGAAUCUGGAAGUUUCAAAGGAAACGAAAAGUGAUGAUACCUUUUUCGAAGAAGAAUGGAGAGAGGGAGAGGAUGGAUUUGGUGACGGUGAAGGAAACAUCGGUGGUGGAGAAACUCAUUUCCAGGAAUCCCACUCUCGGUCCACAUUGGAAGCUAAAGAAGAGGGUGCAUGGUGUUGCCUUUUGGUCUAUAAGAAGAAGCAAUCUAAUAAAUGUGAUAAAGACAAAUUGGGAUCAUAUUGCGAUGAGAGAUUUGGAAGAGCAACUCAAAGAUACCACAAAGUGAUCAAUCAAGCGAUCAUAUGGCAUAAAAGUGAUGCAAAAAGAAGAUUCAAAUUGAUGGAUAUAUGA